UUUAGAAACAAGUAAGUACGAGUCCCAUUUGUCAUUUACGUACGUCAAUUGAUCACUGCAAGAGAACAUUUUUUGGCUGCGGUCCCCAACUCCAUCAGACUGCCUUUCUCAUCACUGCUCCUAAACCCUCCACCUGAAACCGCCACCGCCACCGCCACCGCCACCUCCCCCGAAUCUUCUUCAUCCCUAAACCCUAACUUCCUCCGCCCUCAGCCUCUCUCCUCCACCCUCUCUCGCCGCUUUUGUAUGGACGGACCUAUUUCACUCUGACCUCUAGACCCUGCUGUCUUAUCCCCGCACUCCGACCGUCCAAAUGGAGGCUCGUCGAGUUGCUCGCGCCGUGAGCGACCCGAAGGUCCGUCAAGUUGGUUUCUUCGCCCCACCGGACCGUUCCCUAUCGGGCCCGGCCGAUCAGGCGUCGUCUUCUCCUCCCGUAUCCGAUCUCUCUCCAUCUGGCAAUUCCCUCUCGCCCGUGAUGAUUCCGCCUCCGCGGCACUUGUCCUCUGACCUCUCUCGCGUGGCGGCACACUUCCCUCCCGCUCCUCCCUCACCGCUUCGCCGCGACUCCAUCCCGGUGGGUAGCUAUAAUCCAUCUGAGUUUACCUCCCCCGCCGCAUCUGACUUCACGGAGGGCAUAGUAUCUUCUAGUCGAGCUCGCAAGGGAGAUUCUGGGAAAUUUGCUAUGUCGCUUCCUUCUGGUGGAUUCGAGAUGGCGGGUUCUAAGCAGAACAACGUUCCCGCAGCUGGUUUAACCACAGUUUCCAUAGUGAACGGACCUCCUGAUGUAACAGAAAAAGAUGGGCGAUUAUCUGCUGCAGCACAGAGAGAGCUAGCAACUGGUUCUAAACCAUUGAAAGAGAAAACCACUAAGGCUGAAAGGCGUGCUCUUCAGGAGGCUCAACGAGCUGCAAAAGCAGCAGCCAAGGCUGAUGGAAGCAAAACAACUGCUGCUGCUUCUGGGGAAGCUUCUUCUGCAAGUGCAAACGCUGGACGAGCUUCUAAGGGUCCGAUACAAAGGAAAGACAUCUCUCCAGUUUCAACUUCUGAUAAAAGAGGUAUUGAUCGCCCAGCAGAUAAAGAUAGAAAAAAGGAUGUUCCCCAUCCACGCAUGCAGUUUGAUGACAAAAGCCGUGUGGAGAAGGCAAAGAAGCGAGCAGUAGUGAAACAAACUGAAGCAAGGAAUAGGGUUGAACUAUUUAGACAUCUGCCUCAAUAUGAACAUGGAACACGGCUUCCUGAGCUUGAGUCAAAGUUCUUCCAACUUGAUCCAGUUCAUCCUGCUGUUUUUAAGGUUGGACUGAGGUAUAUGUCUGGAGAUAUAUCUGGUGGCAAUGCUCGAUGUAUCGCUAUGCUUCAAGCAUUCCAAGAAUCAAUAAAGGACUACUCAACUCCACCGGAAAAGGCUCUUAUCAGGGACUUGACUGCAAAAAUCAAUGCUUAUGUGUCAUUUCUGAUUGAAUGCAGACCACUCUCAAUCACAAUGGGAAAUGCAAUUAGGUUUAUUAAAACUAAGAUCACGAGACUACCUUUGACUUUGUCAGAGUCUGAGGCAAAACUAACUCUUAUAACAGACAUUGACCAAUUUAUAAGUGAGAAGAUAAUACUUGCAGACAAUGUAAUAGUAAAGCAUGCAGUGACCAAGAUCAGGGAUGGAGAUGUUCUUCUCACGUAUGGAUCAUCAUCUGCUGUUGAAAUGAUAUUUUUACAUGCUCAUGAGCUUGGCAGGGCUUUCCGUGUCAUAGUGGUGGAUUCACGACCUAAACUUGAAGGGAAACUACUGAUACGUAGGCUGGUGGCUAAGGGCAUCAACUGUACAUAUACUCAUAUCAACGCAGUUUCCUAUAUAAUGCAUGAAGCUACUAGAGUGUUUUUGGGUGCUGCAUCAAUUUUGUCCAAUGGAACAGUUUACUCGAGAGUUGGGACAGCAUGUGUUGCUAUGGUUGCUCAUCAAUUUCGUGUUCCCGUCCUGAUAUGCUGUGAAGCUUACAAGUUUCAUGAGAGGGUUCAACUUGACUCAAUUUGCUCUAAUGAACUUGGUGAUCCAGAAACAAUUGCAAAAGUUCCUGGCGGAAGUGCUGGCGGUCUAGAUGAUUGGGCCAACAGUGAAAAUUUACAACUGCUGAAUCUGAUCUAUGAUGCAACACCAGCAGAUUAUGUUUCAAUGAUAAUCACAGAUUAUGGAAUGAUUCCUCCAACAAGUGUCCCUGUCAUUGUUCGAGAAUACUGCAGAGAACAUUUGUGGACUUUGUAGGGACUAGGGGAGCUUGACAAUUUACAAAGGCUUAACACAGAAGACAUAUUUUGGUGUGAGAAGGUGAUUUGAGGCGUGACUGCUUGUGGGCAUCCAAAUUUUCUUUUCCGUUUCUACUUGUGUAAUUUUGAUUCCCCUUUUUUUGUGGAAUAAUGAAUUUCCCUGUGGAUUGUACUUUUUUGAGAUUUUUAUUUCCUUUUCUAUGUGACCCCGUGAAGAGAGCGACAUAUCUCCGCCUCUCAGGGCAUUUGUUUGUUGUUUUUUGGAGCACACAACUAUCACUAGAGGUUUUGGCAUGCAUCAGUUUUUUUUAUCUCAUUUCAAAAUUGAUAACCAG